AUGAUCGGAAGCCUCCGGCAGUCAGCCUUGGGCUCCAGAGUGGGUGCCCUGGCGAGUCCGGGUCUUGCCCUCCUCCUGUCCCUCACUGCCCACUGCUCUGGUCUGCAGACUAAGGGCUUCCCCAAGGGAGGGCUGAAUACUAGUGAAGCCAACACAUGGGUCAGGGAUAACACCUCCCUCCUGCAGAACUUUUGGUGCUUGCCAGCCAGCGAGCUGCCCAGGGAAGAGCUCUCCACUCUAAUAAGAAGCCUGGCUUCGCAGAGGGUCCCACUCAAAGCCUGGCAGCUCAGCUGCUUGGCCAACCUCGCUGCCCGGCAAGGCCUCCAGGAAGACUUCGUGUUCCACCCACCCAACCUCCUACUUUUCUACAAUCUGAGCCAGGUGAGGGGAGCCAACUGCCGGGCCUUCAUUCACCAUGCUGCCCAAGGGGACACAGAACUACUGACCAACUUGCCCAACCAGAGAGUUGCCCUACAGCACACAGCCUUGGCCUGUCUGGGGAGACCCCACCUGCAGCUCAGUGCCUCAGACCUGGGGCUUCUCGGAGUCCUGGUAUGUGACAUGGAGGCACCCCAAAUCAUGACUGCAGACCCCCGUGUGCUGAAGAACCUGCUUCGAUGCCCGAGGCUAACCGUCAUGCAGACUGUAGCCCUCAACGCCCUGCUGGCCAGUGGGAAGACACAAAUUGGGCCGCCUGGAUCCUGGAACCUGGAGGGGCUGCAGGCGCUGGGACCUCUGGCCACCUACAUCAGCCCCCAGUUGUGGGAGAAGGUGCAGGAGGCUGUAGGCUUGGACUUCUUCCGCAGUGUGGUGGCUGCUUACCGGGCAGGCCAGCUGAGCAGGCACGAUGCCAGGCGCUUCGUCACCAACUUCCUGGAGUCCAAGGCCAACUCGGUGUCCUCAAGGCUCAAGCGGCGCACAGGUCACUCCUGUGUCCGUGGCAACAUCACGGCAGCCACCCUGCAUGAUGACCUCUUCCUGGUGCACUAUGACUGCACCCAGCUGGAGUCCUGCCUGGGGACACGUGUGCUCAGGGCCAACCUGGACCCCUUACUGCAACACCCACUGCCCGCAGAGUGCCAGCGUGUUGUCAAAGCCAAGCUCGCUCAGAUCUACCCGCAUGGCAUCCCCGAGGACCAGCUGCACCUCAUCGCCUCGCUGGUCUACCUCUACUCCCUCGCUGAGAUAGGCCAGUGGAACAUCACAUCUGGAGACACGGUGAUGGUCCUGCUGGCCUCGGACGCAGCUCUGGAGAACCAGACAGAGGCAGUUCUACAGAAGUUCUUGGACCACAAUGGCAAGCUUACUGGCGCUCUUCUGGUGGCCAUCGGGGGCUCCCGUCUCUGCUGGAUGAGCCUCAAGCAAAUCCAGAUCAUCCAGCCCUCAGAGUUCCGGCUGGCCGGGGCUCCGGACAUCUCUCCCUGCCCUCAGAGUCGGAAGGAUGUGCUCUUUGCCAAGGCUCACGAGGUCUUUAGGAACGCCAGCACUGUGGGAGAAUACUACUACUUAAUACGCCCCUACCUCGGUGGUGCCCCCUUGAAGGAACUUCAGUACCUGGCCCAGGCCAACAUCUCCAUGGACAUUGAUACAUUCAUCAACCUCAAUCCCUUUAUGUUGAAGAACCUGAGUGUGGACAAUGUGAGAAACCUGCUGGGUCAGAAUGUGGGGGACCUGCAGAAGGCCCGCAGCCAUCCAAGCGUCAUCCUGUGGAUGCACAGCCAGAACAUGUCAGACCUGUCUGAGAUGGGCCUGGACACCAGUACCCUGGCCUACGGGAUCAGCAGGCCCCCCGCCAACACUGCCUACCCGCCAUCCAACUUGAUCCAUACCUUGAAUCGGCCAGGGAAUGAUGGUGUUGCCCCCACCUCAGGAUGCCCUCUAGUUCACCUGGGGUACCUGUCACUCACUGUGGCUCUGCCUUCCAGCCUCUUGUGGCUGCUGCUGUGCCAGGCACCUUCGGGACCAAUAGGCACUGCUCCCAGGACACUAGGACCCUGGACACUGCCACUGGUGCUGACCCCGAGCGGUCGGACCCCUGAACAUCAGAUACAGAAGCAGCAGAGCUGCCAGAUGGAACAAGACACCCACCUAGGCUGAAGUCUAUAUCCCAGGUCUCAGGGAACCUGCUCUGUUCCCCAUCCUAGGAGACCGGCUCUGGCACACACCUCAGCUCCCAGGACCUGGGCCCAGAAGGAGCUAGAACCUGCCCACCCACAAGAACAGGCUGAUAGGAGGAGAUGAGGGUCCAGAUCUUCUGGCCU